AUGGCGACGCGACGGACCAUAAGGCAAACCGAGUCGAGUCAACUCGGCACAUCGCUAACAACAAUAAAACAUCCGGUGUCCUUGAAUACAGACUUAUCAACAGUAACGCGUCGGCGGCAACGGACGAGUGCGGGCACCCCGCAGUGGGCGGGGCAACCCGUCUACCGCUUCUUCUGCUUCAACCCCUCAAAUACCUACAAUUCGUGUAAGGAUAGGGUCUUAAGCAAGAGGGUUAUGGCCGUGUGA